AAGCAAACUUUCUAUGAAACAGUGACAGUUUAUUGAAACUCUGUUUAUCCGAGAUAAGGCGUAAGGAUAGGUACCAAAGUAGUGGCAAGAGAUCAGGAGGUGUUGAUUUUGUCUCAGGGACUUGAUGAAAUUGAUAGAAGAUGAAAAUUCCUGGUACAUGUACAUGUGUGUGUAGACCUCACAGUCCAUGGUAGAUAUGUCUGUGUCUGCAUUGAAUGCUUAGAGAAUCAAGCUCAGCAGAUAUUUGGCGAGUUGAUAUUCCUGGGAGCAGGUGCUUUGAUGGGGAUUCGAGGAUCUGUUGAUAAGUAAAGGAUGCUCUACCAAAGGAAUCUGCAUUUGUUGUUGUGAGCAAAGGAAUUAAGGCAGAACCACAUUCCGUGUGAAGAAUCCGUUUUCCCCUACAGCCGAUGCGUAUCCUUGUGAGAUGGUAACACAAUAGUAUAAUGGCAGUUGGAAGGUUCCACCAGGUUACCAGGCCAGACAGGAUGCUGGGGUUGUGGCUUCUCCUCACUGCCUGCCAUGUCAUCACCUCAGAACUGGUGCCAUCGUUUGUGGAGGAGCCUAGCUCUGUUGUUGUCAAAGGCCUGGACAGCGUUGUCUUGCGAUGUAAAGUGACGCCCUCAACAGCGACCAUCCGAUGGUUACACAAAGGGAAGGUCCUGGCUACAGACCCUGUUGGCGGAAUCAUCAUUAACCAAGAUUCCAUGCAAAUAAACGCGUUUAAAAAGUCACGUCAUGAGGGGCUGUAUUACUGCAUAGCUGUGACGUCAGUCGGUCAGAUACGAAGCAGCCCGGCAAUGCUGUCUGCUCCAUCUCUUGGGGAGUUCACAAGUGGAGCAGAUGUGCAUGUCAAUGUAACCGUUGGCAACACAGCAGUUUUGCCGUGCCUGCCUCCAAAGAGUAACCCAAAGGCAAAAAUCAUGUUUGCCUUCAAAAGUGGCUUUGUACCUGAAGAUGAGCGCCAUAGAAUCCUGUCGUCGGGCAACCUAAACAUCGCCUCGGUGACGAUGUCUGACGAGGGAGUGUACAGGUGUGUGGCAGUAAACACAGUGAGUGGUCGUAACAGGACAUCACCGUACAGGGUCCACCUCAAGGUUAAUGCACCCACUAUGCCGCUAGCACCCUCAAUACAGACAGGCCAGACCAACCUGACUGUUGCUGUCGGCUCCGAUGCUCUCUUCGAAUGUUCAGCAUCUGGCAACCCUACGCCUAGUCUACACUGGAACAGAUAUGGGGGAGUGAUCAGCAGUAGGUCAAAGAAAAUAUUAGGCAAUUUGCUGAUUCAAAACGUGGAUGUGCGGGAUGCAGGGACAUACAUAUGCUCUGUGAACUCCUCUAGCCAGAGUGUGCAGAAAAUCUUCACCCUUGAUGUACAAGUUCCACCUGUGGUGCACAUCCUUAACCCCAACAUUGUGAAGGAGGAAGGUGAGGCUGUGACCAUAGAGUGUCGGGUGCAGUCACUGUAUAACAAGGUUAAGCCUGCCAUCAAGUGGUUCCACAACUCCCAGGAUCUUGCCCCUGCCCUAAUCAACGGUGCAAAGGUGAACAUUGAGCAGUUGGAGUUGUCUGAUGCUGGUCUGUAUCAGUGUGUGGCUAUUGGCAAGUCUGGUAUGGUAUCUGCUGUGGCCAGGCUAGAGGUGAGACCAGCUGUGGUGAAGCGCACUGGACUGACAGGUCAGGGGGGACAACCCAAGAGGAACAGAUCAGAGAAAACCAAGUCCCGGGGUUCCAGGAGGCGUGUGGGAGCUGGUGGCCACAGGCAUAAGAAAAAGAAGAAACAUCGCAAGAAGAAGAAGGGCAGGAAACCAAAUAGAGAUCGAGGGACAAAAGUCAGAGAGGGCAAAGUAAAGAUGGUGCCUCCCUCCAAACCAGAGGUGACCCAGUUGGGCAACAGUACCGUGAUGAUCAACUGGACGGUGCCGGUCAAUGAUGGACUUAAGAUCACCUUCUUCAGAAUACAGUACAAGGAACUCAAACCCCAGAAGGGCGACUGGCAGACCAUUGAAGAGGACAUCCCCAAGAAGAAUCGGACGUAUAAAGUCAGAAGUUUGAAGCCAGGUCACACAUACAAAUUCCGUAUCACAGCAGUGUACACCAAUCAGGACAACAGAUUUGGACCAAACUCCAAACGCUUCACGAUGGAGAAGGGAAACCUGGUACCACCUGCCAAGCCCGUCAUCGCAGAGGUGAAGCCAUAUAAAGUUGACAACAACUACUCCCUUCAAGUCACCUGGCAGUACACCAGUGAGGACGGAAUUCCAAUCAGCGGGUUUUACCUGGAGUAUGCACCUUACAAGACUGAUAUGAAAGACAAGGAUUACACACGCCUCCUGCUGCCCGAGCCACGAGUCAGGCACUAUGUCAUCAAGAACCUCAAGUCUGGUACUGACUAUGACAUUCGUAUCAAGGGUUUUAAUGAGGCUGGGGAGGGCAAAUACAGCUUCUCUGCAGUGAAGUCCACACUUGGCAAAGAAUUAGAUCCCAUCUUCCCUUCCAUUGGGACCCAUGCACCCCAGCCGGUGCCAAAAUGGGUGACUAAUGCCACGACGGUGCAGGCUGGUGCUCCUGACCAUGUGAUGGCGAGGCAGACUACCCCUCACUACAAGCCGAGCAACACAACCGAGUCGAGCAGUGAAAUGCUGUACAUGGUUCUUGGCAUUGUCCUAGGCGUGCUGAUGCUGGCUCUCAUUGUCUUCAUGGUCAUGUGCGGGAUUAAACAACGACAACAGAGACCCAUGAUGGCAGCCCACCCUGACAAUAUCCACAUUAAAUACCAAGACCCUGCUCAUCGUAUUUAUGUAGAUUCCAUGGGGAAGAAAUACAUGAAUGGAGGAUUUGCCCUAAACGGUAUCAACGGCACCAUGCCCAAUGGCCACUCCCAUUAUUACCAUGGCGACAGGCAGAAGAUGAACAUUAGUGUUAACCCGCUGUCAGACAUGGAGUUGUCUCACAAGGCAGAGAACCCUGCCAUGCAGCAGCAGCAACAGCAGCAGCAGCCUGGGAUGCCAGCCUCUCCAGCAGUCAGUGAUAAUAACUGUAACAGUAUCAGAAGCAACAAUAAGAAUGUCUCUUUACAGAACGGUGGAACAGAUCCCUCAAGAUACAUGGGAGGCAACUCUUGCGCAGAUGAUGACGAGCAAAGAUCUUCUGUAUCUGGUUCCAAUGAGAGCCAGUCUAGUACAAGCUCACUGCCUGACUACCGCCACUGCUUGGCCAUGCACUCUAACCCAGACAACCCGCCGCACUGCUGCAGCUGUUCUCAUUCCCGCCUCAACCAGUCCCGACCAGAGAACAGCCUUCAGCCCUCGGCCAAUCCGCAGCGACCUACCUCUGGGUCUAGCUCCAAUGGCAGCCAUCAUCAUCAUCACCGGCGGCGACGGAAACACCGGUCGUGUCAGGAGCACAGCACUCGCGAUCAGGCCACAAACACCGACCUCAGUAGUAAUGAAGGUACAAUGGAUUCAUCCAGUAUACCUGAGCUGACCAAAGAUCGGCCGCCCUCCUCAUUAGGUGAUAUGGCGGAGAGUUGCGUGGAGGGGACAGCGAUGGAGAGGCAGAGAAGCCCUAGCCCCCAUGGGGUUGGGGAGAGAGAUGCUUCACCCAGUCAUCACUUAACAGACAAUUCUCAUGACACGUGAUAACCACUGUGCCCAUUAUGACACUGUGAUAAUGUUCUGUAUUUAAAACUACCUGCUGAUUCAUCAAAGGUCUGCUCAGACUCCAGCAUGCGGAAAGAGAGCGCAUGAAAAACUCGCAUAUAGGGCAUUGCUUUAUGCAGCCAUAAACCAAGGAGAUUGCUUAUCCGUGAAACUUUUACAUACCCAGUGUGAUAGUCUGCAAUGUGGGAAAUUUGGGCAUUUUUCAGAAAAAUGCCGUGCCCAAUUCUGUGUGUAACCAAACAGUUCAGAGGUAUGCAGGACAAGGCAUAAUAUGUGUGUUUUCUGUGCAGGUACUGAUAAAAGACUGCCAGUGUGGUCAGAAAACAGACUGGCUGAAGCAGGCCUGUGGACUGGGCUUAUGCUGCCAUUGUUUGUGUACAUAAUCAUGUGAGAUUGUGACUGGCUGAAGCUAGGAGCUGGGAUCCGGUCUUGACCCCGAAGUAUUUCUGCAACGUGAUACACGAUACUAAUAGGCAUGUAUCAUAUCAAGACAGACAUCUGUGACACAAUUCUUACAUUGGUGGUCAUCAGAAUAACAGCCAAAGGACUUACUUUUAAGCUGAAUGUGGAUACUCUUGACAUUUACAUAUGAUAUAUGUAUAAAUAUUAUAUAUAAAUAUAUCAACAUUUUGUAUAUAUUGGCAUUUUGCUGAAAACUGCCAGGUGUUUUAAAAAUGCAUGAUAUUAUAUUAUAUCCUGGAAACUCUCUUGGUUAUAGAGUACAAAUAGGUCUCCUGCCUACUCCAGCAGGAAGGUGAAGUGAAAAUUCAACUGAAAGAUUAAUAAAGCAUUAAAAUAGCCAGGAGACAAGACCUCCGUCCAUGUGGUCACUGAUUUGACUGUUUCCUUCUGUCUUCCUGCCAAUGACAUGAAAACAGUCCAGUCAGACAGUCUUGCAUAAAGGACGGAUGAUGAAACCCUGCGUGGUUUGUUAUGUUGUGGCUGGUGCAGUAAAAUACGGGUCUGGUGCUAGUAGUCAUAUUGUCAUUCAAAACGUUUUACUUGUGAAUAAGCCAAAUGGAACUCCCAUUUAAUCCACAAAUGGGAUGUCAUGCUUAAAAUGCCCCAGGUAGAAAAAUGAGGUUUAUAUAACUGUAUUUAAUUGUACGUACAUUUCCUCAUCGACAAACAGCGAGACAGGUUUUCUAGACAUGUGUCUGCUGCAUGCAUAUAUGGGGAGUUUUUUUAUCCAGUUAUCAGUAUUUUGAUUUUUUUUCUUUUUUUUUUGGAUCGUGAGUAUGUGAAAUUCACAAUUUGCCCAUUUGUGUUGUACAUAUGUUAAUGGACCAGAAGUUAGAAAUGUACAUCCCCAGACCACUGGUCACAUCUGGGGAAAAACUUAGACAUAAAAUGUCCCUAUACAUUACAGUUGUUACCAAAGAACUGAAAGGAUUAACCUUAUCAACUGAUCAGCAUCUCUUAAACUCUGACCUCAAUGUAAUCAUAACUGAUUCGGUAAAGAUUAGAAAAAAUGUUACGUUACCAAAUUCCAUCUGCCUACA